ACACAGCUCUCACAUCACAUCCAGCUCCUCCGCGCGACCAAAUCUGCCGUCUCCGCCGCCGCCGCCACAGCCGCAGCAGCUCGCACCGGAGCGAUCCGCGCCCCCGCCGCGCUCGCGAUGAACACGGAUAUCACCGCGUCGACGAAGCCGGAGUACCCGGUGGUGGACCGGAACCCAGCCUUCACCAAGGUGGUCGGCAACUUCUCCGCUCUCGACUACAUGCGCCUCUCCACCAUCUCCGCCGUCUCCGUCACAGUCGGCUACCUCUCCGGGAUCAAGCCGGGGAUCCGGGGCCCGUCGAUGGUGACGGGCGGCCUCAUCGGGGUCAUGGGAGGGUUCAUGUACGCGUACCAGAACUCCGCGGGGCGCCUCAUGGGAUUCUUCCCCAACGACGCCGAGGUCGCGCGCUACAAGUACAAGCUGUAGUGAGGAUCCAUCGUCCCCUUGUCGCGUCGCAACUGUUAUGCCUUUUACCCUUCCUGACUACUGUUAGCUUCACAGUUCUUGAUCUGGGCACUGUAUGGCCUUGGUUGAAUAAAUAUGGUAUGCUGUUGCACAGCUAUGAGGAUUUGAUGAUACAAUUCAGCUCCUCUUGUUGUGGUUUGGUGAGAAUUUCAUCACCAUUUCCGUGAACUUAUGAACUUCAAAGUGAUUCCUGGAUUAAACUUGGCAA